AUGUCGCUGAAAGUACCCAAGGCCAACAACAUUCAGCUCUUCAAGGAUGGAUACAAGGUAUCCCAGGGCCUUGAGGAUGCCGUCCUUCGAAACAUCCAAGCAGUCUCAGAACUAUCAGAUCUCGUACGGACAAGCUUUGGUCCCAAUGGCCGGAAUAAACUCAUAAUAAAUCACCUGGGCCGGUUGUUCGUUACAUCCGAUGCCGCAACCAUCAUCAGGGAGGUCGAAGUCGUUCACCCAGCUGCCAAGCUCCUUGUCAUGGCCUCGCAAGCUCAAGAGUCCGAGAUGGGUGACUCUACUAACAUGGUUAUCAUUCUUGCAGGUGAACUUCUCAAGAAAUCGGAGAACCUUCUUGUGAUGGGCCUCCACCCUAGCGAAGUCAUCAAGGGCUACGAACUCGCAUGCACCAAAGCCCUCACGGAACUUGAAAAUCUAUCGACAUCUAGCCUACCGUCCCCUUUCACGCAGGAGUCCCUGAUCACAGCCCUCAAACCCGCAAUCGCAUCCAAGCAGUACGGCUACGAGGACAUACUCUCAUCAUUGGUCGCAGAAGCCGCACUCGCCGUCAUGCCCAAAAAUCCCAAGAAUUUCAACGUCGACAACGUCCGCGUCGUGAAGAUCAUGGGCGGCAGUCUUUCAGGCAGCAAAGUCGUCCAAGGCAUGGUUUUCGGUCGCGAACCGGAAGGUAUCGUCAAAAAAAUCUCAAAUGCGAAAGUGGCCGUCUUUACUUGUGCACUCGACGUCGCCCAAACCGAAACAAAAGGCACCGUUCUCCUCAAAAGCGCGGACGAAAUGCUCAACUUCACCCGCGGCGAGGAACUACAACUCGAAAAGAUGUUCAAGGAAAUUGCCGACUCAGGCAUAAAAGUUAUCAUCGCAGGCUCAUCCGUUGGCGACCUCGCCCUACACUACCUCAAUCGCUUCAACAUCGCCGUCCUCAAAGUCCUCUCCAAGUUCGACCUUCGCCGCGUAGCUCGUGUCGUUAACGCUACACCCCUCGCCCGCGUCGGCGCACCCACCCCAGAGGAAGCAGGCUACGUCGACAUCUUCGAGACAACAGAGAUAGGCGGAGACCGCGUUACAGUGCUCCGUCAGCUUGCUGCCGGCGAGGAAGGGUACCAAGGACACACGGAGAAGACGCGCACGGCAACGAUCGUGCUUAGGGGGGCAACGGCUAACCAUCUUGAUGACCUCGAGCGUGCGAUUGAUGAUGGUGUGAAUGUCAUCAAGUCUCUCAUAAAAGAUCCACGGCUAGUUCCUGGUGCCGGUGCGACGGAACUGGAGUUGGGCAAGCGUGUAGAGGCAUACGGGAGUGGGAUGAGGGGGCUGGCACAACAUGCUGUCAAACGGUAUGCGACAGCACUGGAGGUAAUACCCCGGACGCUUGCUGAGAACGCUCUGGGAGGUGCUGAGGGUAACGAGGUACUCAGCCGGUUGUGGGCCAAGCACGAACAGAAGGGCGGCGAAGCCUGGGGCGUUGAUAUCGAAGCUGAAGAAGAUGGCACUCUGCUGGCUACUGACUUCAAGAUUCUCGACCCACUAGCCGCAAAACAGUGGGCGAUCAAGCUCGCAACAGAAGCCGCCGUAUCCGUACUCAGCGUCGACAGCAUCAUCAUGAGCAAACCCGCAGGAGGACCCAAAGUCCCUCAACAAGCAAGUAACUGGGAUGAAGAUUAG